UCUGCGCUUGCCUCCGGAAAAUACUCCUCCAAGUUGGGAGGAGAGAAGUGGGCGGCUAUAGGUGAGGGCUGCGGUACAGUCACUGGGACAAAGGUGGACCAGGAACAGGUAUCGCGGUUCCUGGGCGUUUUAACUUAAAUCCGUCAAGCCUACAGUUUUAAUAAUGGUUUUGACGCAAGACUCCGUGUUGUUUUGGCUGAUGGCGGAGGGGGGCAAAGUGAAGAAAUCCGACUUGGUGGGGAAGUUCAAAGCUUUAAUAGACUGCGAAGAUCCCGCAGAGAGAACACGGAACAGGGAGCUUUUUAAGACUAUUGUCAACAAUGUCGCCGUUGUCAAAGUAAUCGACGGAGUCCGUUACGUUGUCGUCAAUAAAGGGUAUCAGCAUUUGUUGGACGGUGUCCAGACUGCGAAGAGCGCCGUGGAAAAGACUGAAAUUGAAGAGAUCCCGCUGACAGGUGAGCAGCAGCGCCCACCUGUGCGGAGUGAGAAAACUGGAAGCUCUAAUAAUGCAGGAGGGGAGAUGUCAGCUGUUUCUGGGCCUGAUCAAGAACAGGCAAGUGAAAGUGGUGAAAAUCCUUCAGAAUUACUUUCUCCAAUGCAGCUGGCGUGGCAAAGCAGCAAAUAUUUGGAUGUUCGAGUUAAAAGAACGCUGAAUUUUGAGAUCCAAAGGCAGGGCACCACUGGAGAGAACUGCUCAAGAAGGGCUGCAGUAAAUGAGCCGGCCAGCCUCCAGAGCAAACCAUUUGGGUUACCUCUGAGGAUGCCACCCACCACAACCAGGGUGGAGAGCCACAAACUGAAGGUGGACCCAGAUAAACCUCCUGAAAGCCCCAAACUGGACUUGUCAAGGAAUAAGAAAAGGCCCCCUACAGUGGAGACGGGCAUUGGCUCACCCCAGCUGAGACGGUCAGUGAAGAGCACUAAGGCGUCAGUGGAGCCCAAAGAGACAAAGGCCUCCUACUUGGUUCCCUUGGAGCCGUCAGAGCAUCAAUGGCUGGUCAAGUGUGCAGCCGGCCACUGGAGCCAAGUUUACGGCAUGCUGCUGAAAGACAACCAGCUGGCCGAGAAAAGAGACUUCAUGUCAGGGUUCACCGCUCUGCACUGGGCAGCCAAGUGUGGAAACAGUGACAUGCUUGUGAAGAUUGUCGACCUAUCGAGGCAAGGAGGAGUUGACAUUGACAUUAAUGCAAAAACACACGGCGGAUACACUCCCUUGCACAUUGCUGCCUUGCACGACCAGGAGUACAUCAUGGCCAUGCUGGUGGGGGAGCACGGGGCCAAUCCAAGCAUCAGGGACAACUACGGGAAGAAGGCCUAUCACUAUGUGCGUAAAGGCAUUUCUGAGACUGUGAGGGAGAUGUUGGGUGAACCCAAAGCCCGGGAGCCUCAAGACAGGGUCCUGCAUGAGAAAGAAGAGCUGGAGCUUUUCCCAGAUCUCUCCAAGGGCUUGCAUUCAAUAAGCCGUCUCUUCCAGCCCCACGUGACGGGCCCCAAGAAGAAGCACAAGCAGAGGCCAGGACUUUACUCCCUGAGCAAUGACCCGGGCCAGGAAGCAGAAGACAGCAGCUUCAGACACAGAAUUGUAUCAGAUGCUUUUAUGUAAACUUUAAACCCUUCCUUGUCUUCUAUUUAUGAGGAAUUGUGUUGUCAAUCAUCAGAGAGUGUGACUGGCAUUCUGCUGAUUUUCAGGCCGUCCUCAACAGUGACAAAAAAAGCAAUUCCUUAUGUGUUUUAUUUUCAUUUUAUUUGUCAGUUGACAUAAAAUAUGAAAAAUGAAAUGAAAGAAAAUAUGCUCUCAUCAGCAUAAUUGUUUGAUUUUGAGUUACAAAAGUAGGGUUUUAAUUUUGGAUGUUACCCAUAGGCCUAUGAGUUGUAUUCAAAGGUAAAGUUUACUGGUGUAAAUAAAACACAAAUCAGAGAAUAUUCCAGUGGGUGCUGUGAGUCUGAUUACUCACCUUCUACGGAAUCUCAAAGGCAUCAUCAGAAUAACCCUAAAUAAUGUUUUUUUUAUGUGUAAUUACUGGUCGUAAUGAAUCAGUUUUUUAAAAAUUAACAGUUUUAAUUUUUUAUUUACAUUUUAGUUAAAAGAAACCGCACUUGUGUUACAUAGUCCCAUGUUAUGAUUUUAUAUUAACUGCACUCAAUAAGUCAGACUGUACACUUCUGCUUUUCCUUAUGUAUAUUCAUAACUCGUUUUUUAAAUGUCAGUUCUCUUGAGUAAUAUAGUAAUAUAGACAUAUAGUCUUCCCUAUUACACUGGAGGAUGAGGAGUGGGACGGAAUCUAUAGAAACGUUAAAACUAUUUCACUGAUGUGAGGUUGCGCCUCAUUCAGUUCAAGAUUAUGCAAUGCUUAAUCUUGAACUCACUCCAGAUUGUUUAGAAUUGGUCUGAAAAACACACCAAAUUGUUGGAAAUGUAAGACAGGGGACGGACUGAUUAGGUCCAGGAGUUUUGGACCGGGAUACAUGCUUUGUGCUAAGGUGGUGUUGUCAUUUAUAUAUGUUUAUUUUGUUUAUAGUUUAUUGUCUAUUUUGUUGAAUGGUCUUGAAUAUUGUAGUUACUUUGUCAUCAUUUCUAGUUUGGGUGGAUGGAGAUAACAAUGGGAGAGGGGAGAGUGCGUUCAGGUAGAAAAUUGUAUGUUUUGUAUAGUUAAUCACAAUUCCCUAAUUCACUUUUGAUCUAACUAAAUCAUUGCUUUACAAGGGCAUCAAUUUAUGACGACUACAUUCUGCUGCUGAAGUAGCAGAGAGAUCAA